UCCGAUUGCAAUUGCGCACGCAUCUCCACUUCAGACAUUAGACAUUGUUACGAUUUAUCAACAUUUACGGCUUGUUUAUUGCACAUUAGCUUGGACAUUGUAGACCAUUGAAGACCAUUUACCUUACACAGAGAAUACAAAUCUGUCAUUUGGGCUGGACAAGAUGGCCAGCAGCAAUUUUCAGGCGCAGUUAUUAUCCAUUAUGGAGGUAUUAGCUAAAGCAGCGGUAGCAGAAAUAAACAAACGUGUAGAUGAUAGCUGUGCUGUUAUACGUUUGGAAAUGACCCAAAGCCAGCGAGAUAUUGAUGUACUGAAAAGGAAGUGUCAAAUGAUGGAGAGCGAGCUGAAGAAGACAAAUGGACGAGUCAGGAGAAAAGGUUUUUACCCCAUGGCAUCAGAGAGAUCUUCAUAUCCACUCAAGAUUGUUUUGAACAAGCAGAGAAGUAGCUCACAGCGGAGAGACCGAGAGAGUGCUGUUGAAGAGGACUCCCAACCCCAGUCUACUGAUGUGGAGGAGGGAGUGAAGACUGAACUCAUACUGAUCAAAGAUGAGGAGACAGCAGAGGACGUGUGGAAGACUGACCCUCAGGAAGAGCUCAGGAUCACUGGAGAGGAGUCUGGUUCCAAGCCUGGGAAACCACCAUCCUUUGACCAAUGGAACUGUGAGGAAGACUUCAUCACACAACCCAACAUAUCUCCUGAAGACUCAGUGGAACAUUACCCCAAUUCUGAUCGUCCAGAUGAACCAGGCACACCCCGGCUCGCAUCUACAGAGGUGUUCAGUACAGAGCAGCACCGGCCAGCCAAGAACAAGGACUCACUAGAGCUAGUGAUGGUGAAGGAUGAGAAAGAGGAGGAGCUGGAUCAGACCACGACCCUGGCAGGACCUGACCAGUUUGUCAUGGAUGAGUCUGAUGGGCAGCUGUGGACCUCUGUGGAUCCAGGUAGAGACACUGACCCUGAUGUCCACCCAGAUUUCUCCUUUCAUUCCACAGAAGAGUACUCUCAGAAUAUCUCAAUUUUCCCAUCUCAUGAUGUAGGGCCAUCACUUCACUAUUCUAUUGUGAAACCACAUGCUAACAUGUUCAGUGCAGCAGCACACAUGAAAAGACAUGUCAGGACAUUGGCUAAUGAGACUAGACAACAGAUGCCAGAGGGACAGAACAGUGAGAUGCUGAACUCAAAUAAUGAUAGAAAUAGUUUAGCUCUACAGCCAAGGCAGCAUCAAUACAGGGCUUCAGAAGCGACUGUGAGAUUGAGUGAGUGCACGACAGGGUCAAACAUGGCCACCACCUCCACCUUCUCUGGAUACAGCCUGAGUCGCAGUAGUUUUAACAUGGUGAAGAGAAUGAGGACUCAGUGGAGUUCUGGCAGCACCACCGAGAGGCGUUUCAGCUGCACCUUCUGUGGGAAGCGCUUCCAACGUUUCUGGCAGCUCAAAGAACACCUCCGGAGUCACACCGGAGAGAAACCGUACACCUGCGAACAGUGUGGCAAGAGUUUCACCAAGCAGUGCAACCUGAUCAGACAUGCUCUGGUCCACAGUGGGGAGAAACCGUAUGAGUGCACACAGUGUGGGAAAUGCUUCACCCAGCGCUCCAAAAUGACGUCACAUCAGAGAACUCACAUAGGAGAGAGUCCAGUGUCUCAAUAUGUGGCACCUGCAUACCCAGGGGAUCCACACACAAAUUUAAUGUAAUCUCAGAACAGAUGGAACAAAUAGGAACAUAAUUGCAAUUUGUAUGGGAAAAUAUAGGAAAGAAGAUAUUUUGGGACAUUUUGACAAGAUUUUUCUCCUAAUUGAUUUGUGAAAUGGUUUUUAUAUUUGACUGUUAACGGAUCAUCACUUUUAUUUUAUUAACCUAUUUAUUUACAGCUGGUAACAUUGUGUUUUGCUACCACAAAAUCGUAAAAAACAUGUUAUAUUCAAUAACAUUUAUUUAAUUAAAGAGUCAAUCUGCGGUUUUAGCUCAAUAAUACACUCCCCUACGUAUUUACUUGGACAGCGAACCUAAAAUAUUUAAUUUGGCUUUAUACUCCAGCAUUCUGGAUUUGAGAUCAAAUGUUUUAUAUGAGGUGACAGUACAGAAUUUCACCUUUUAUUUGAGGAUAUUUUCAUACAUAUCUGUUUUACCAUUUAGAAAUAAAUGCACUUUAUGUAUUUUAGUAAUAGUAAUAGACUAUAAGUGAAUUUAUCCAAAUACUUAAGACACCUUCAAAUUGGGAGACUAGAUGCAUAAAGUGCCUUCAUUUCUAAACGGAAAAACAUAAAUUAAAAGGGAGAUAUUCUGUACUGUCGCCUCAUAUAAAACAUUUUGUUGUGUUACAGCCUAAAUUUAAAAUGGAUUAAAUUGAGAUUGUUUUUCACUGGCCUACACACAAUACACCAUAAUA